AUGCUUUCUCUGCCCCUCAUCACCCCUCGCGAUUCGCAUGACCUCUGGUUCGGCUCCUCGCAACCCUACCGCACCUCCCACCAACACCACCAAACCACCACCGACACACCACCACUCCCAACCCCACGCCGCAAUGGAUCACAUCCCAACGGACGCGCCUCCUCAAGCCCCAGCAACAGCCUGUCGACGCUCCUCCUCGAGGAGCGCGCGCUGCGCGCCCGCAAAAACAACAUCGCGUCCUUCGGAUACUCGUGGAUCAAGCCGGCGGGAUGCUCCAAGACCAUGCUGGGGAUGAAGGAGGAGGAGGCGGAGCGCGAGGAGGCGCUUGCGGCCGCCGCGGCGGAGAUGGCCGCUGCCGCUGCCGCGACGGCUGACCCGGCGCUGGAUGAGUUUGGAGAUCCCAUGCAUGACCAGGGCGAUGAGUCGGGUAUGGAGCGGGACUUGGACGAUGAUAUCCCCGAUGCGGAUGCGGAUGGGCUGGUGGAGGAAGGAGAUGAGGGCUUAGAGGAGGAGGAUGUCGAGGAUGAGGAGGGGUACAUGGAGAGGGAUCUGGAUGAUGAUAUUCCUGAGGCGUUCCCGGAUGAUGAGGAGGAGGAGGACGACGAGGAGGAUGAAGAGGCGCUGGAAGAUCACGAAGGCUUCGAUGACCAACCAGAUCUGGAUGAUGAGAUUCCCAGCGCAGCAAACGACUAUGACGAGGAUGACAUGAGCGACCUCGAAGAGGAAGAGGAAGAAGGAGGAGGGGGUGAAGAAGAUAUAAUGGAGCGCGAUCUGGACGACGAGAUCCCUGAAGCAGCCGAAGACGGAUCACAAGAGGAAGAUGAAUGGCAGCACACCGAUACCGAUGCCGAGUUUGACGACGCUGACGAUCAGAGUUUCGCCCAUGAUCACUUCGCGCCGAACUUUCGAGCCAGCACCGCCAGCAGUCGCGGCCUUCCACCCCCGUCCGCUCAGCGCAGCCGAGAAACAGAAGCCCAGCGCCGGUUCUUGCAGCGCUGGAGCGGCGGCGGUGAUGCCCUUGACACCAGCGGCAUGAUGCUCGAUGAAGAUGACCUGCGUGCUUCGGUGACGAGCCAGACAAGUCGGCGGAGUAUCUUUGGCAGAUUUCCGCGACGGCGCACGGGGAGGGAUAGCCUGGAGUAA